CCAGAAUGGCAGAAGAUGAUCCGUACGUGAGAGUGCACGAGCCAAUGUUCCCCCUGGAUGCGCUGAACUCCACCCUCUUCCACCCGGAGCUCUUCCAACCAGAGAUGGCUCUGCCCACAGAUGGCCCCUAUCUUCAAAUACUAGAGCAACCCAAACAGAGAGGGUUUCGCUUCCGCUACGUGUGUGAGGGUCCGUCGCAUGGAGGUCUGCCUGGUGCAUCCAGUGAGAAGAACAAAAAGUCCUACCCGCAAGUCAAAAUCUGCAACUAUGUGGGGCCCGCCAAGGUCAUCGUGCAGCUGGUUACCAAUGGGAAGAGCACCCACCUGCAUGCGCACAGCCUGGUGGGGAAGCACUGCGAGGAUGGCAUCUGCACAGUGACCGUUGGGCCCAAGGACAUGGUGGUGGGCUUCGCAAACCUUGGCAUCCUCCAUGUGACCAAGAAAAAGGUGUUUGAGACCCUGGAAGCACGGAUGACCGAGGCCUGCAUCAGGGGCUAUAACCCAGGACUUCUGGUGCAUCCCGACCUUGCCUACCUGCAAGCAGAAGGUGGUGGUGACCGGCGGCUCACAGAUGGGGAGAAGGAGGUGAUCCGCCAGGCCGCCCUGCAGCAGACCAAGGAGAUGGACCUCAGCGUGGUGCGUCUCAUGUUCACAGCCUUCCUCCCUGAUAGUACCGGCAGUUUCACACGGCGCCUGGAGCCAGUGGUGUCUGACGCCAUCUACGACAGCAAGGCCCCCAAUGCAUCCAACCUGAAGAUCGUGAGGAUGGACAGGACCGCCGGCUGUGUGACAGGAGGGGAGGAGAUUUACCUGCUUUGUGACAAGGUCCAGAAAGAUGACAUCCAGAUCCGCUUCUACGAGGAGGAAGAGAACGGCGGCAUCUGGGAAGGCUUUGGGGAUUUCUCCCCCACCGACGUGCACAGACAGUUUGCCAUCGUCUUCAAGACGCCCAAGUACAAGGACGUGAACAUCACCAAGCCAGCCUCCGUGUUUGUCCAGCUGCGCAGGAAGUCGGACCUGGAGACCAGUGAGCCGAAGCCCUUCCUCUACUACCCUGAAAUCAAAGACAAGGAGGAGGUGCAGCGGAAGCGGCAGAAGCUGAUGCCCAACUUCUCGGACAGCUUUGGUGGUGGCAGCGGGGCUGGAGCCAGCGGUGGGGGCAUGUACGGAGGCGGUGGCACUGGUGGGGCCAGCAGCGCAGGCCCAGGGUACAGCUUCCCUCAUUACGGCUUCGCCACCUAUGGGAGCAUCGCCUUCCACCCGGGCACUACCAAGUCCAACACUGGCGUGAAGCAUGAGCCCGUGGACUCCCCGUGUGACAGGGGGCCUGUCCGCUGUGACCAGGGGGACAGCACAGACACUGACUCUGCCCAUGGCAUUGGAGAAGCUGUAGCGGGUCCAACAAGCCAUGGAGUGGGUGACAAGGGCUCACAGUGGUGCUGGGCAGGGCCACAGAAAGACGCCAUUCAGGGCCUGGACCCCCUCUUUCUGGAGAAGGCACUGCAGCUCACCAAGAGACAUGCCAACGCCCUGUUCGACUACGCCGUGACUGGGGACGUGAAGAUGCUGCUAGCUGUGCAGCGCCACCUGACCAUGGUGCAGGACGAAAAUGGGGACAGCGUCCUGCACUUGGCCAUUAUUCACCUCCACACCCAGCUAGUGAGGGACCUGCUGGAGGUGACAGCCGGCCUGCUACGUGAGGACCUGGUCAACAUGAGGAACGACCUAUACCAGACACCCCUGCACUUAGCGGUGCUCACCAGGCAGGCAGACGUGGUGGACGCACUGCUGAGGGCUGGGGCCGACGUAAGCCUCCUGGACCGUGCUGGGGACUCGGUGCUGCACCUCGCUGCCAAGGCGGGCCUGGACCAGGUGCUGAGUGUCCUCCUGCAGCACUGUGGGACUGGGCCGCUGCUGGAGCAGCCCAAUGGGGAUGGGCUCACUGCCGUGCAUAUCGCCGUGCUGAGCAGCAGCCUGCCCUGUCUGCUGCUGCUGCUGGCCGCGGGAGCCGAUGUGAACGCGCAGGAACGGAAGGCAGGGCGCACAGCACUUCACCUGGCGGUGGAGCAGGACAACAUUUCUCUGGCCGGCUGCCUGCUCCUGGAGGGCGACGCCCAUGUGGACAGCACCACCUUCGACGGCACCACGCCCCUGCACAUUGCAGCCGGGAGGGGGUCCACGUGGCUGGCGGCCCUUCUCAAGGCGGCAGGUGCAGACCCCUGCCUGGAGAACUCGGAGCCACUCUUUGAUCCCGAUGAUGGCUGGGAAGAGGACAGCGAGGACGAAGGGGCUGUGCCCGGGACCACUCCACUGAACAUGGCCACCAGCUGGCAGGUGUUCGACAUCCUGAACGGGAAGCCCUAUUCCCCCACAUACUCAUCCAAAGAGCUGCUGGUACAGGGAGACAUGAAGCAGCUGCCUGAGGACGCCAAGGCUGAGUUGUACCAGCUGCUGCAGCAGCCAGAGCCAGAUAAGAACUGGGCCACACUGUCCCAGAAGCUGGGCCUCGGUGUGCUGAACAAUGCCUUCCGGCUGAGCCCCACGCCCCCCAAGACACUCAUGGACAACUACGAGGUGUCAGGAGGCACUGUUCAGGAGCUGCUGCAGGCCCUGAGGCAGAUGGGCUACACUGAGGCUGUGCAGGUGGUGCAGAUGGCCUUCUGCCCUCCUGGGAGCCCAAUGCACCCAUCACCAGACACCACUGCCCCAGCCCCCCGACUGCCCGGAUCCCCCGUCUGCACACGGUCCCCACAGAUAGAUGAGCCCCGAGAGGACAGCGUGUGCGACAGUGGUGUGGACACGUCCUUCCGCCAGCUCAGCUUCACAGACGCACUGCACGGGACACCCCUCGACUGCCGGACGGACGGAGGGCCCCUCGAGGGCAAGAUCUAGCUGCGGAGACACAGGCAGCUCAGCCCCUCCCCACAGAGUCAGGGUUCAGCACCCAGACCCCCCAGCCUAACACUGGGACCUUUGCCCUGAGAUACCCUGGCUGGGGUCUUCCUCAGGCACACUCAAGCCCACAGGCCCUUUCCCCCUUUUACUGAAUUUUGCUAUUAUUGUAAAUAUGUUUUUAGAUCAAAUACUUUAAAGAAAAAAAGUUGAAUUUAUAAAUGCUAUUUUUUAUUUUACUUUUUAUAAUAAAAGAAAAAGCAAAUGGAUCUCUAAA